AUGACUCUUCCCAAAGUGGCUAAACCUCUUCAAUCUUCCUUUUCUGCGCCCCGUCUUUUAACAGUUGCUUUGCUCUUGCUAAGUUUUCGAAGCGAUACUCGAAGAGAGGCUGGAAAUCUUCCUCCUCAGUCAUCUAUGCUUCGCUCCAAUCAGCCUCCCAACCAGGCGUACACGACCCCACUCCAGACCCGUCCUUCUCCGGGCCUUCAUCCCGGUCCCAGAGUCUCUCUUCCCGCCUCAAACUUCCCGCAGACCCGCCCCGCGCCCUCCCGGGCUCGCCCGGACCGCCGCCCCCUCCCCCUCCCCGCCGCUCCCCACGUGCUGGAAGCCCGAGUCGCGGCGGGACCAACGCACCCGGCAAGUGCCUGCCGCUCGAGCCUUGCAGCUCUCGCCUCGCGGCCUGGCCAGCCACAGGCCGAGAAGGCCCGGGCUCGACUGCCCAGCUGGCCGCCCGUCCGGCGCGAGGAUGCGCUCCUCGGCGCCGGCCUGCGCUCGCCACUCACACGCCCCCUGUGCUCCGAGCCCGUCAGCCACCGCCGGCCCUCGCAGAGCGGCCCCGGCCUUCGCCCUGCGCCCGGCCGCUGGGCCGCCGCCCGGACACCGCGCCGCCCCCGCCCUCCGCCUGGCCGGCUCCCGUCCUCCCCGCCACAUCCUGACCCGCCCGCCACCCCCUUUCUUACCGGCGGGCGUGCAGGCUUCGCGAAGGGGCGGAGAGAGCCCACUGGGAUCGGCGGCCUCCCCCGCGCCCGGGCCCGCGGUCUCCGCCGCCGAGUGAGUCCUCGGGCUCCGGGCGUCUCGGGGUAA